CGACCGUGUUCAUCGAGAGACGUUCCUUACAAGCUUUGAGGCUCCUACAGUAUCCGGUACUUCGGGUAGCAAGUUUACCCUUGCCCUGGAACAAAUACAAAUGCCACAAAAUAAUAGACGUAAGGAGUAUCAGCUCCACGGUAAUCAGAGCAAGGUAAAUGAGCUUUUGGCUUAUCGAAUUUCCAGUCAUACUUGAUUUCUUCGAAAUAUCCUAUCGCAAGCCACGUGGUCUGCAAUGGACUAGCAUGCGCUCUGCAAGGCAAGGAAGCCUGUCGCGUCUCUCUGUCAACAUCAUUCGCCAAGAGAAACACGCAAAAUGCCACAUAGCCUCACGGGGCUCCCCGUGGAGAUAAUCCAGAUCACUGCCAGUCACCUGACAAACAGCGCCAUCAAAACCCUGCGUUUGACGUGCAAAACCCUCUGUGCCGCCGUCCAACUCCGGUUGGAUCGCGUCUUCCUGUCCGCGAACCCCCUCAACAUCGCCGUCUUUCUGGCAGUUGCCAAUAGUGAUACAUUCCGACACGGCGUCAAGGAGAUCAUCUGGGACGACGCUCGCUUCGUUGAAUGUCUGGAUGGCGCACCUAGUCACGUCAGGGAUCCGCCGACUGGAUGCCCCGCGUGGUUCGUCGACGCGUGCAAGGAAAACAUUGAAGAACUGCGUUUUCGCAAGGGCCAGGACAUUGACCGGCCAGAUCAUGUCAAGCGUGCCGAGCAAGUCGCCGCGGAGCUGCCCGCCAAAAUAUGCUGGCAGUACUACCAGAACUUAUUCUACCAGCAGGAGGAUGUUAUCAUUUUUAACAAAGACGCCAAGGCCCUGAGAUAUGGCCUGCCUCGGUUCCCAGCUCUAAGAAGGGUGACUAUCACGCCAGCAGCCCAUGGCUGGCUAUUCGCCCCGUUGUACGAGACGCCCAUGAUUCGCGCGUUUCCCAAGGGGUUUAACUACCCUAUCCCACGAAGCUGGCCGAACGUCCCCAGCGGGGAAUGGAAGCCCGAGGCCCUGCCGUGGGAGGACGAAGAAGUUCAACAACAGUACCGCGGGUUCAGCAUCGUCACGCGUGCCUUGGCUGACUGUACGGAUCACCAAGUCUCCGAGUUUAUCGUCGACGUCAAUUACCUGGGCACAGGCCUCAACAGCCGCGUCUUUGAACACCCAUGUGCAGAGUACGAAGACUUCGCAACUAUACUCCGCCGUCCAGGCUUCAAGCGGCUAGACCUUGACCUCCUAGUCGGCCACCAGGAGCUUAUCAGCUGGCCCUGUUUCAACAGCGGCCACCUCUACCGCGCGAUUGCGGAAGCUCGCGCGCUCGAACAUAUCAGCCUACACACCAACGUUGAACCUGACUCUCGCACGUCAUUCGUACCUAUGCGCACUCUGUUUCCCGUCGACGACUGGCCCGCCCUCCGCCACUUUGAGCUGUCACGUUUGAUUGUUGAUCAAGACGACCUUGUGGCUUUCCUGGACGCUCUCCCAGAUACACUGCGCUCCGUGCAUCUCAGCUUCCUCUACUUCCCCGACAACCGCGGGACGUGGCGGGGGCUGCUGGAAGAUAUACGGGACAAGCUUGAUUGGAGGACACGCGAUCCUUCUUCCCGGCCGAGGGUCACAGUUGGUACAGCGACGCAGUACGUCCAGUUUGGGCACGCGGUGUGGGUUGAUGAGGAGGUGCAGGCCUUCCUGUACGCCGACGGCUCGAACCCGUUUGUCGGCAAUGAAGAGGUGGUCGUAUCUGACCUUGGGGUCGUCCGUGAUAGUUUUGAGCCUGCGUAUGAGCGGCCGAAUGUGUCUGAUUACGUGCUGGCGAAGCUGGGCUAUCUAAAGGACCCGAAGGAGUGGGUUUUUGUAUGAAUCAAUUGUUCCAUUCGUCCUAGGUGAUUGCAUCUAAGAAAUCAACGUCUUCCCUAAUACAUACUGUUG